AUGGGCAAUCAUUCCGACCUCGGGGCUCGCCUUCUCACUGAAGAGCAUCUUCGUACAGAAUCACCUUCUACCGGCGUGGUAACGAAGAAAGAAGAUAUCACCGAAGAAGAAGAUGUUCCUAAAGAAACAUCUCGCGAGGGCGCAACGGCACCGGAGAUUCCACCCACCGCCGUCCCUACCGUCUAUAAACCCAUCAUCACAGUAGCGGUGAUACUCCUCUGCGUUUACUUAACCUUCGCGGUUACAACCUACACGUUACUUCCAGAAGAGUUCACGGGAACCAAGACCAAUCUAUUCGUCGACGCGCUCUACUUCGCCGUCGUCACUUUGUCCACCGUCGGUUACGGCGACAUUGUCCCGUCAAGUACAAGAACGAAGAUCUUGAACAUCGUUUUGGUAAGCAUCGGAGUCUUCUCUCUCGAUUAUCUGAUGAAUCGAGUUGUUAUACACUUGCUUGAUCUUCAAGAAAAGGCAAUUCUUGCACGUAUCAAAACGCCUUCUUCGGUAGUAGUAGACGAGGUCAAGGGGAGGAUAAGAACAGAGUUCAAGUUGUGUUUAGCGAUUCUCGCCGUCGUCUUGUGCGUCGGAGUGGGGACUCUUUUUCUUCACUAUCACGAGAACUUAGAUUUGAUAGAUUCGGUUUACUUGUCGGUUAUCUCUAUUGGGACGGUUGGUUACGGAGAUGAGGCAUUUCAGACGGUUUAUGGUAGGGUUUUUGCCCUCGUAUGGAUUCUUAUGUCUGGUCUUGCAGUCACAACCUUCUUCUACUACUUUGCUCAGACGAGGAUUGGGGGUUCCAUAAUGCAACUUCCGGAGAGCAUGAGUGAAUCAAAAACUAGGAUUGACAAAGCUGAGUUCAUUCUGUGGAAGCUUAAAGAAGAUAAGACGAUUACUGAGGAAGACAUAAGGCGGGUCCUAGAGGGGUGCGAGAGAUCUGGAUAGUAACAGAUCGUCUAGGUUAACAUCUUAGCUCUUGGGUAUUGAGUAAGUGAGAUACACAUGUAAAUGAUUUGAGACUUUUCCUCUCUCUUUUUUUCUUUUUGAUUUUGGGUACAGAAUGUAUAGAAACCAUGUUGUAAAUGGUGAUGCCACUCUUUCUGAACUCCAGGGAAAAAAAUAUUCUUGUGAAUGAAAAAGUUACUUGAGUCAGA